CCUUCCACUGCCAGCAGCCCUAGCCUGACCAACCCUUCCACUGCCAGCAGCCCUAGCCUGCCCAACCCUUCCACUGCCAGCAGCCCUAGCCUGCCCAACCCUUCCACUGCCAGCAGCCCUAGCCUGCCCAACCCUUCCACUGCCAGCAGCCCUAGCAUCUCAUUCAACGAUCAGACCAAGAGCCCUCCACUUCCUCCAAAGCCCAAGACUGUGUCCUCCGUUUUAAGCACCACCUCAAAGAGUAUGAAAGACUCCAAGACAGCCAAGGGUCCUGGCAGCACCUCCCCAAAGUCCCCAGAAUCCCCCAAAAGCUCAUCGCUGAAGAGCCCAUCCAUGUCCCUCUUUACUGCAAGGGUCUUUUCCUCACCCCAAAAACGAUUAUACUCCCCACUAAGCCCUCCAGAAGUGCUCACCCAUGACAUAACCCACAUCACUGAUGAAGAGCCACCAGCAGUCACAACAACUCCACCACCACCACCUCCAAUGACAGAGGCAACAAUGCCCCAAGCUUCAAUCAAUGAGAUGAGUUUAGAGACCAGUCUCCCUGACCCUCCCUCUCUGACUCCAACCCAGACUCUACUCUCCAUACCUAACAGGCGUGUGACUGAGGACCUGUGUUCGUACUGCUGUAAACCCAUAGUGGCUGGAGCCAAGAUGAUCCUGGAGGACCUUCAGAUCUACAGCCACUCAUCCUGCUUCAAGUGUGAGGUGUGCCACUGUCCUCUAGGAGACCUCCAUGCAGGAGACAGUAUGUGGCUCCAUAGAGGGACAGUGCACUGUGAAGGCUGCUUCAGCACAACCAGAGAGAAAUAUCUCCUCUAGGGAAGAAGAAUGACAGAAUGCUCAUGUCUCCACGGUAACAGACAGAGAACAAGGAGACAUCACUUCAAAAGCCGUAAAAGGACACAUUGCUUUUAUAUGUGUGGAUCUGGUGGUUGACUCAACAGGGUGGAUCUGGUGGUUGACUCAACAGGGUGGAUCUGGUGGUUGACUCAACAGGGUGGAUCUGGUGGUUGACUCAACAGUGAAUUACAUUUUAUAAUGUAGUCUGGAUCUAUAAUCUUCACAACCUCUCUUGCAAAUUAUUGUCACAUAUAGAAUCAGAUCCAAUGACCUGGAUGGAUUCUUUAUGUACUUCUGUAUUUAUCUACUAUAAUGUAAUAUGAUGAUUUGUUAAAUCUCUUUACAAUAAAACCACCAACUGAUGUCA